CGAUAUCAACGACAUACGGCCGCCAAACUAGUCCUCGUGAUGAUCCUCUGGUUCGAAUCCCUAGAGAGCAAUUUUGCUCAAAAAUUUUCCCUUCUUACUGAAGUUACCUGACUGGUGCUAGGGAUCUUCAAUCAAACGCGAUGCUCUCACACUUCGGUCAAUUGCACGAGAGAAAUGACCGACGUGCCGUUUCAAUGUGCACAGGAGCAUAUGGCCGAAAACUUCCCUUGGUCAGUUUUCGAUGGUAGCAGAAAAUCUCCAACGAAUCGAGAAGCAAGAUCAGACAUCCAGACCAUUGUUUGAGGGUACCUUAAAGAAAGCAGCUACUACUGCUAUUCUGGGUUCAUACGAGACGAUUAUUUCAGUCUUGAUGGUUUUUGCUCUCGCCAUGGUGUCUUACCAAAUGUUCAAAAACGCGCACAAACAGCGUCACUACCAUACGUUGAAUCACUUCUACGGGAGACUUUGCGAUGACGGCCUAUCGGACCCAUUGGUAGCCUUCCUUGGCGAGAGAUCAAGCGCCUGCACUGAAUAUGAUAUUAUAGCGCCACGUGCCACCUCGAGUGACGAUAUAUAUGACGGUCACUUCGACUCAGAAGCACUCCAAGAAACGGUCAAAGUUUGUGCUCAAGAAAACGGAACUUGCCGUGUACCGGCUCUACCAGCCGCUGAAGAUACCAGGAGGUCAAAACGACCAUGGACGUAGGACCUUUGCGAUUUUGACCCAGGCUGGAAAUGGAAAAUAAUUUUACUGUCAAUGCGCAACAUGUGCAAUAUCGUCGAUACCGGCAUCUGAAAUGGACAUGCAGGAGAUACCAAAGCUACCAUCACCGUCAGGGAAUAAAACAAAGACCGUGAUUGUAAUGACGACCCAGGCGAUUGCGUACUGCGCUGAGGGGCUAGACUCGUGACCAGUCUGACGUACGUCACAUGAGAGUGGAGAAUUUUUGACGUGAUCUCGGAGAAAUUUGGCAGGCGAAGCACGGAGUUCGAAUUUUAG